AUGUCCAUCGCCCACGGAAUCAAACAGCUCGGCGUGCUCGGCGCCGGCCAGAUGGGCGCCGGCAUCGCCUUCGUCUCUGCCUUGCGCGCCAAGGUGCCCGUGCUCGUGCACGACAAGUCGCAGGAGCAGCUCUCGAAGGGCCUCGCCCUCAUGGACAAGCUCCUCGCCAAGGACGUGCAAAAGGGGCGCCUGCAGCAGGCGGACGCGGACGAGGCGCGUGCGCGCGUGCGCGUCGUGGGCUCGCUCGAGGAGAUGCGCGACGUCGACAUGGUCGUCGAGGCCGUCUCGGAGAACCUCGACCUCAAGCGGACCAUAUUCAAGACGUUCGCGCAGACGCUCAAGCCCGAGGCGAUUCUUGCGACGAAUACGUCGUCGAUCAGUAUCACGAAGAUCGCGGCUGCCACGAUUCCGGAGGGGAAGGGUGCUGCGUCGGAGGAGGCGAAGGCGACGACUUCGCGGGUGGUUGGGCUUCACUUCUUCAACCCCGUUCCAGUGAUGCGGUCCUCUAACGGCUGGCCUGUUCCACAGAAACUCGUCGAACUCAUCUCCGCCAUCCAAACGUCCAAAGACACCCUUGACCGCGCCCGUGCAUUCGCCGAAGCGUGUGGAAAGGAGGUGACGACUUCCCAGGACGUCCCAGGUUUCGUCUCGAAUGCUCUCCUCAUGCCCUUCCUGAACGAGGCAAUCAUGUGCCUGGAAAAGGGGGUUGCAACGCGUGAUGACAUCGACAAAACUUUCAAGCUAGGCAUGGCCCACCCUAUGGGCCCUCUUCAGCUCGCCGACUUCAUCGGACUCGACACCUGCCUCUCAAUCCAGCAGACGCUCUACCACGGUACGGGUGACUCCAAGUACCGUCCCUCUGUCCUGCUCGAGCGCAUGGUCGACGCGCAGUGGCUCGGGAAGAAGAGCGGACGCGGGUUCUACGAGUAUAACGACAACUAG